CCCGUUUGUGAACAAACCUCUCAAGUGCUUUAAUGAACGUCCUCUAGCAUCUAUAGAGCUCAACUAAAGCUUUCCAACGGGCCGAACGGGAUCAUUACGGCAUUAUGAACAUUUAACACCGGACACCUAGAAUCUGUCAGGAGAUUAAGGUAUAGGCCAGCAGCUGCCAGCUUGGCGGGAGGAGCAUUUCCUGGCCUGAAUGCGAACCGACUGCAGCUGGAGCAUGUCCACUGCAGGCUUGACUGCCCAGGAGAUCCGUUUACCCGUGCAAAGCCUAUUCCUGCGGGACAGCCAUUGGCAUAGCAUGGCCGGAGCUAAGCCCUCUUGGAAAUACCAUGAUCUACACAAAUUAUACUUCACCAUUGAUUCUUCUAUGGAUUAUAACAUUCAGUCCCAGCAACAGGUGCUGCCAUCAUUCUCAGGAGCGGAAAAACAGCGGACUCCUCUUCAGUCACCAAACAGCCCAGGAGGCCAGCCCUUGCCCCCCAAAAAGCCCAGACCUUCCCAACUCACCUUGCACACGGACCCUUUCAUGUCCAGCUCUGCCGAAGACGACCAAGUGGUUCCCUGCUUUCAACGUCUAACGGUAUCUGACCGCAUCAGUCCUCCCCAGACGCCCAGCCGAGUCACCAAACCCCUUCCCCCAAUUCCCGGUUCAGCAGAGCUUUCCCCGGAUCAGGCUAUAGACAGUGAGGUAGAGUUCUUUAAUGGAGAUGACAAUCGCUGCCUAGUUUCCGAAUCUUGCUCAAAACACUCUUCUUUCCGCUAUGGAAUGCCCAGUCGAAGGAGUUUCAGGGGCUGUGGACAGAUUAACUAUGCAUACUUUGAAGGUCCAACAUCCCUGCAGAAGCCGCAGACGCAGCCGCAGCCGCAGCCGCAAAAGCCGAGGCAGGAGCGGGAAACCCAGCAGAGGGAACAGGAGCUCCGCGACCACCACCACCAACAGCAGCAGCAACAGCAGCAGCAAAACUGCCUCCGACAACAGGAACGUACACAAAGGAAGCUGCGGCGUUCCCAUUCUGGCCCCGCUGGCUGCUUCAACAAACCCACCUCCUUCCGGCUGUCCAGUCACCACCGAAACGUGCAAGGCCUGGAUAAACCGGAAGUUCCUCCCAGAGUUCCUAUUCCCCCACGACCAAUCAAGACUGGAGACUACCGCCGCUGGUCAGCCGAAGUAUCAUCGGGAGCCAACAGCGACGACGACCGACCUCCGAAAGUACCUCCUAGAGAACCUUUAUCUGGCGGUAGUUCCCGCACCCCGAGCCCAAAGAGCCUUCCUGUGUACCUCAAUGGGAUCAUGCCCCCAACGCAGAGCUUUGCCCCGGACCCUAAAUAUGUCAGUCGUGGCCUCCAACGACAGAAUAGUGAAGGUUCCCCGUGCAUUCUGCCCGUCAUGGAGAACGGCAGGAAAGCAAGCACCACGCACUACUUCCUUUUGCCGCAACGUCCGUCGUACCUGGACAAACAUGAGAAGUAUUUAACGGACAGCACAGCGAGUCGAGGCACGGAUGCCUCGGAUUCGAGUUCGGACUGGGACUGUCAAAGCAAAAGGAAAACGACGCACCCAAUAGACUUGGUAUGAAAAAACCGGGGCAUGUUCGACCCCCAAGACUUUUCCCGCUGCUUUGUCGCAGCUUUGCUCUAGCGCUCCGAGCGCGUUACGUAUGAAUUGCAGUUACUGGGAUCUCUCUUGUUUUGGAAACAGUUCUAACAGUUCUCUUAGAGCAAGCUCGGAAACUAUUUUGAUGUUUUUUUUAUUUCAUUGCUAUGUGGAAUGUAAGUGUUGAAAUGAUGGUGCAGUUGUUUGGUAUUAGCUGGUCUGGUACCUCCAUACUUCAGUGUUGUAAAUUUUCGUAGUCUCAUUUUAUAUCGCAUUGAAGAUUAUUUUUAUGUCUCGGAACAUGUGGUUGAGCAUGUUCGUCUGAUCAUAGGGACAUAGGGUCAGUAAAUGCUUCUUUACGUUUGUGUCGUCUACCAUAUAUGAAGUAUAAAAUCGGCCCGACUUUUUCGCGGCCGGCAUUUUAAGUGAAGGGUAUUCCAUCUUAUUACAUUGCAUACUGCAUGCAAGCACGCAAUCUGACACAUGCACACUAUUUUGCUGUUCUUCUGUUGGACUAUUGCUCUCGGCUUUUGUCAGGACACUCUUUUCUGUGCUUUUGUUCAUGAGGCCUCUCUGUACAAUUUCUAGUCUUGAUUGUGUGUUACAUAGGAACAGGCUAAGUAUUGCUUUUCUGUUCUAAGUUGUGUGUGUGUGAGUGAUUCGAGAGCUGAAUGCGUUACAUUUGCCCAGUUUUGGCACUGCUUUUAAGCUUUCAUAAGCUGCUUAAAACGGCAGCUGAAAUGUUGCCCUCUAAAUGAACGGAGUAUUUCCAAUCCCUGGCUUCUUGCUGAGGUGUAGUGUGUUCUUUUGUUGCCCAAAAAGCAAUACUUAUAAAACCUGUGAAUGAGUUUCUCUCCUCUUUUAAAGUGCUGUCUCCACGUGAAGCUGUGAGCCAUUGUCUGUGAUAGGUUUUUCUCAAGUACUACCUCCCAUUAUAGUUCUGCUUCUUCUUAAAUACCCAACUGUGGAUUACAAAGACUCAACAAAUACAAUUUCUUUGACAUACACAGGUCCGUACGAGGAAACGGUUGACCCUGAUCUAAAUUUCUUUGUUUUGUCCAUUCGAAACAGUCAGUCAUUAACACUUCCUCAAUGAAAACGCAUCUUCGACCGAUUUUUAAGAGCUACGUGGAGUUAAAGUCCAUGUGUGGUGCAUUUGGCUGAGCUCACACAUACUGAUCUUCCUGUUACUGUAUGUGCAUUCCUGUUAGACGUGAUUACAGUGGGUGUGGGCACCAGAGACUUUGGCUGCUGGCAGCUGGUGAAUGAGAUGUUUUAUUAUUCUAUACUGUUUCCAGAACCAUCGUGAUAACUCAGUAAAUGUAGCAAGUGCCAUGCAAUUUAAAAAGGGGGAAAGUAAGACUAAAAACAUGCUGUUUGGAAGCUCUAAGGUCAAGUGCAGCUUUCCACCUCACAAGAUUUUGAACUCAUUUGAUGCCAUGGUUUUUACCCUUUAUUUGACCAGUUUGUGUAUCAGGAAAUGUUUACAUUAUACCUUGUUAUUUUCCUUUAGCAGUCUUACCUACAAAAAAUGAAAUGAAGGCAAGUUCAA